AUGGCCAGCGACCGUGAGCGCAAAGAGGAAUGCCAUUAUACCAAGACUGUUCGAAAGCGCGGUCGCCGACCAAGGACAGAUCCUGGUCCCGACACACAACACAAUGACCGGAUUUUUAUAAACAGAUCGCCUCAGAAUCAGUCAAGGAGUCCUGGAGACACGGUGAUGUCAAGUAGCACCUCAAAUCAGGAUGCACCUUCGGUGAUUUCAUCUUUGGAGCAUCGAUCGUAUGGGCUAGAUGCAAAUGCAAAUGACGCGGGGCCUAUGACAAGUCCCUCUGGUGCAGAGCAGUUUGCCACAAACAAUCCGACUUUCUCCGCGCAGAAAGAUCCCUUGGAUGGGCUUUUCCAGACAUCUUUGAGCCGUGUACGACUGGAGACAAGUCAAACGGCAAUAUCACCCCGUCGGAUAUCACUCGAUCCACUAGAUCAUCGGGGGUCAUUGCCAGGCCUUCAUCAGAGUGUUUUUGACGAAGUCCCUAGGUCAAUGUCAGAACACGUUUCAAUGAGAUCACCCUACCGCUGCCUCGAGUCAAUCCUUCCGCACUUGAAUGGUCUCCUUUCCGCAGAGCAAGCAUCAGAGAUGCUCGAAAUUUACUUUAAUGAGAAGCAUAACUCCAUGUUCAAAUCAACAUCUCCUUACAUGCUUGCCCACGUCUUGCAUCCAUCAUCAGUCCUUCAUCCGACCGAACCGCGCCCAACAUCAUCGGCUCUUCUCGCAGUCAUUCUGUUUUGCGUCGCGCAGACUGCCGAUAUGAAGAUUUUUGAUACUCCCGGGGCACGAGAGCGCAUGAGCGUGGAUCUCUAUCGUCUUUCAUUAGACCUGCUACAAUCUGAAGAUCCAGAUAACUACUUUCGCACAUCUGAUGGCUGGCAAUUUCACCCCCAUCCCAGCGGUGGUACACCAAAUAAUUCACACUCGGCUCCAGAUCGACAGGCGAGUGGUAAAGCCCUAUUACCACGACAAUUAGGCUCAACCGACACCAUUCUCGCCGUUGCUAUUCUGACAAUAGUAAUAUCGGGUGGACACUAUAAAGCCGACUCGCUCAAAUGGCGCGACAAAUUAAUCCGGCUGGUUCGAGCCAGUGGGCUCAGCAUGGAAGACCAAGACAUUGACCUUGGCCCCGUCUUCUGUGGGCUAUACAACGGCGAUGCUACCUUCCGAAGAUGGCUGGUCGCAAAGGAAGAGCGCAGGCGUCUGUUCUGGCUGGUCUACUGCUUGGACAGACACUUGGCUCUAUCCUUUAAUCUGCGACUGAGUAUUGCUGAAGGCACUUUCUGCGUGCGAACGCCCUUGCCGGAGAGGCUUUGGCAGUCACUUGAUACGGCGGAUCUGAAUUGUAUUCCAGCAUGUGCACUGGGUCCUCCGACUCAGAUCUCCGGCGCAGGGUUCUUUGAAUAUUUCCUCCCUUUAGCCAGGGUUUUAGGCCAUAUCAUCGACUUACACCACGUUCGGGCCCAUCCCACACUCGGGCAGUACAUUCCUCUUGAAGCCGUUCACCGCAUAGAAGCGAUGAUUUCUCAACGGGAGCAGGAGCUUGUUGACUUGGAUAGCCAAGCCGAUUCAUAUCUCACCAAUGAGGUCGCACUUCACCCUUUCCCUCGGCAAUCCAAUCGAGGGCCAUCCCAGGGUGUGGGCCCAUUUGGAUCACCCACUGCAGGAACCUCAAAGGAUCCGAAGCUCCAACUAGUAAAAAUCUACAGCACUUAUCUGCUGCAUGUCUUCUACAUUCUGUUACAUGGGAAAUGGGAUCCCAUCUCAAUGAUUGAAGACAAAGACGAUUGGAUCACCUCAGAAAGCUUUCUGACCUGUGCCUCGCACGCAUUAAGUGCAUCCGGGGUGGUGUCGCAGAUUCUGACCAUCGACCCGGAAAUGGCCUUCAUGCCCUACCUUUUCGGAAUUUACCUUCUCCAGGGAAGUUUCAUUCUCCUGCUCUUUGUGGAUCGUAUGCCGGAACUUGGUCCCAAUCGAUCUGUGGAAGAGGUGUGUGAAACAAUCAUCAGAGCCCACGAGGUAAGCGUGGUUACUCUCGAUACCACUUUCCAAAAAAACUUCCGCAAGGUAUUCCGAUCCAUGUUAUAUGACGCCCAGCAGGCGGGGCCACACUCUUGGGACGAGCAUAAAGCCCGACGCAGAGAGCUACUCUCUCUUUAUCGCUGGACACCCUUGGAUCAAGGUCUUGCCUAUUGA